GCGUGCAGUCACACCGAUCUAUCAAAACAAUCAAAUCCAGCAUGUCCAAAAUAUUCACACCCACAAAUCAAAUACGCCUCACAAAUGUGGCCAUUGUCAGGUUGAAAAAGGCAGGCAAGCGCUUUGAGAUAGCCUGCUACAAAAACAAGGUGCUCUCCUGGCGAAACAAUAGCGAAAAGGACAUCGAUGAGGUACUGCAAACACACACCAUCUUCACGAAUGUGUCCAAGGGACAGACAGCAAAGAAGGAAGAACUGAUUAAAGCAUUCGGUGCCAAGGAUGAUACGGAAAUUUGCAAGGAAAUCCUUAGCAAAGGCGAGCUGCAAGUCUCAGAGAAGGAGCGACAAAGUGUGCUGGACUCACAGCUUAAUAGCAUUGUCAACAGUGUGGCUGCACUUUGCGUUAAUCCAGAGACGCGUCGUCCCUAUCCGGCCACCAUCAUAGAGAAGUCCCUGAAGGAUGCACACUUCAAUGUCAAGAUGAACAAAAACACCAAGCAGAACACAUUGGAAGCCAUCAAAAUCCUACGCGAUCACAUGCCCAUUGAGCGGUCCCGCAUGAAGCUGCGCGUAAGCUUUGCCGGCAAGGAAGGAGGCGGCAAACUGAAGGAAUCUGUUGUCAAACUGGCAAAUACCGUGGAGCACGAGGAAUGGGAUGAAUCAACGCUGCAUUUGACUCUACUAAUCGAUCCCGGUCAAUAUCGAGUUAUAGACGAGCUGGUGCGCAACGAAACAAAAGGUAAAGGCCUUCUGGAACUGCUGGAACUCAAAGAGGUUGUGGAGAGCGAUGAACUUUUCUAGAUACAUAAAAGCCACAUAUCGUAUAUAAAAUAUAUAGCUGGUUAUUUAUGUUAACAAAA